AAACUCCCGGUUAUCGUCUUUGUUUUAUGUUUUUACCGUUUUAUAGAUGAUUCAAGCUAAUGGUCUACCUGAAGAUUGGGAGAUACGCUGUUCCCGCUCAAGAAAUCUGCCUUAUUACUAUAAUAUAAAUACACAUGAGUCCUUCUGGGAGCCUCCGCCAGAUGCUAAUCUUGAAGUUCUAAAAGAUUAUAUGAUUAAGAAUGGAUUAAUAACAGAAUUACCAGAAGAAAAUAAAAUGAAUGAUGAAAAGAUUCGUGUUAUCCAUCUUUUAGUGAAACAUAGAUAUAGUAGAAGGCCUAGUUCUUGGAAGGAAGCUAAUAUUACACGGAGUAAAGAAGAGGCUAUGGAUAUUAUUCUUAAAUAUGAGGCAAAAGUUCGCUCAGGAGACAUUAGUCUUGGGGAACUAGCUAUUACGGAAUCGGAUUGUAAUAGUGCUAAAAAAUCGGGGGAUUUAGGUUUUUUUGGAAAAGGUGUUAUGCAACGGGAAUUUGAGGAGGCAUCGUUUAGUUUACAACCAGGAGAGAUGAGUCAUGUAGUAGAAACUGCUAGUGGUUAUCAUUUAAUUGAAAGAAUUGCUUAAGAUUCUUUGAAUGAUUUUAUUUAAUGUUUUUUAUGUGGUUCAUAC